CUACGGCGGCGAUCUCUGUCGUGUCGUCACACUUUGAGUAGGUGGCCACCUUUUUUCUGCGCACCUGAUUUUUUUUGUAACGCUUCUUUUUGCGCUUUUUUUUUUUUAACCUCACCUGGCGGACGAGUGGUCUGUUUAUAAACGCCUUUGGCAACCGCAGAGAAAGUGAAAGUGUAGGCUCUGUUUAAGCUAUAUAGCCUAAAUGAGGAGGAAAGCUCGGACGCUUCUCUCAUACGGGUCUCACCUGAGCUCUGAUCUACAGUCGCAGUGUGGAGAUUUUAAGCAAUUAAGAUAUACGCGUAAUGGAGGUGGAAAACCAGCAGAAUGACAAGGUGGUUCACCAGAGCAAUGGGAAGGUGAACUCGAAUGGAGCCGAGAAGGAAACGCAAGGCCUUGUGAGAACCUUCAGAGAGAGUAUGAAGCGGGUUAAGGUAAAAGGUAUUCUGUCGCCCAAAAGCAAAGAUUCUGAGGUCACGCCCAAGAAAGACACAACCGGCAGUGAGACGGGAUCAACCUCACCAAUUCCACCUCCCUCACCCAGCCUGAGUACCAGCUCACUACCUGGGAUAUUCCCGAAUUUUUUUAAGAAAAAGACGGAUGAUCACGCUGAUACGCUACCACAGGGAGACACACAACUGACUCGUUCAAAUACAGAUCCCAGCUCAACCUGGACUAAGAAACUGAGACUGUCCAAAAGAAAAAUUAAACCUGUGGGUAGCGAGAAUAACACCAUCAUUGAAGACUCGGUGGAGACACAAAAAGAAGAGGAUGAGGAGGCAGCAAUGGGAGAGAUCGAGGAGUCGUACACGCUGCAAGAACUACCACCAACACCACUGUCAGUGAUGCAGAUCAACAAGCUGAUAGAGCUGGAAGUGCUGGAGGAGGCUUAUGUGAACCUGCUGGCCAUGCGGCAGGAGCUUCAGCGGGACCUGGAGCAGUUUGCUGACAACUAUUCCUCGGAGCUGGCCAAGAAGGAGAAAGAUCUCCGCAUUCUCUACGAGGAGCUCCGGAACAAGAUAACCUCCAUAGUCCGCGACUCAAACUCCGUCCCGGCCAGGAACAAGGGCCUACUGGUCCCCGUGGCCCGUAUCAUCCAGGAGGAGGAGAAGAGAGCCAAGGAACCGGGAGGGCUUCCGGAGAGCUGGAUGGAGGCCUGGAAAGAUGCGGUGCGCCAGGGCGUGAAGGCGAAGGUGAGCGGUGUUCCUCAGGAGCAAAACGACAAAGCGUCUUCCUUGGCGGUUCACCUGGGCCUGCUCGGCCAAGCGAUCGUGGAAGAUUUGGAGAUUGUGAAGAGGGAGCUGCGGUGGUCCUACCCGCCCAGCUUCAAAGUCUUCAGCACCUACGUGAAGAGCUACCACGCGGUCGUUGGGCAACACCUGAAGAAGCUGGAGCAACAGGCAACAGAGCUGAAAGAUCUGUAUCACCUUUUGGACUGGAUCCACAACAAAUACAAAAGUGAGAAGAUCAUGGGAAGUCUUUCCCUGCAGCCAGACAUGAUGGAGGAAAGCACAGAUCUGCUGCUGGAGGAGGGCUUCCUCGAGCAUUUGAGUGGGAAGUACUGCUGCAGAGCACAGGAGGAUUUUAGGGGUACACUGGUUAGAGUCAUUGAGCUGGAAAAUGAAUUGAUUUGGAGCAAAAGAAAGGAGCCGGAAAAGGAGGACGACUUUCUCAUGUCACAGUUUCCUAUGGACAUCUGGACCAACAUCAAAGGGGUAAUUCUGAACUCUGGAAAACUACAUGCUGAUCUGGAAAAGAAAGUGGCCACUUCCUGCCUUAAGGAGUUGAAAAACUUCCCACAGAGGUUUGAAACCGAGUUCCAGAGGCACUGCAGCACUCUGCCGCCGGAGCCUCGUUGGACAGAGUAUCAGAUAACAUACAUCAACAGCUUCACUGCUUUACUGGAGCACAUGAAAGGAUAUCAAGAUAGCUGCCCCGGUGAGGUGGAAGAGUUCACAAAAGAGGUGGAUUUGCUGAUUAAAAGACUCCUACAAGGCCUGGAGGACCAGUUCAAAGAGAAUGUUAAGCCAUAUUUGAGGAGAAUGAUGACAAGAAAGUGGCUAACCAGCGAAGAUGACUUUAAUCACCUCUACAACCAUAUAAACAUUCUUUCCAAGCACUGUAAGCUCAUGAAGCCUCCAAAUGUGCAGGAAUUUGUGAGCCGGCUGCAUUAUCAUGUGGUAAGGGAAUAUAUCGGCCAGCUGAUGAAAAAUAACUACACAUGCAAGAACCGGAAACAUGAAAAGGCAGCGACCAAGAUCAACCAGCAAUGGGAAAAACUUACAGAUCUGUUUGAAGACAUGAAGUCGACUCACGAGUGGCUCAACUCUGUGGGACAUGAGCUGUGCAGCAUUAUUGGAGAAAAAACGGCUGCAGACAUCAAGAAAAACCUGCAGCCUCUAGUGCAGCACUAUCCAGACUUUAGCAAGAAGCACCUGGUUGCCGUUCUUUACUUCAGGGGCCUUCCAAAAGACCGCGAGUAUCAGCUAAUUCUCCAGCAACUCACGGCCCUGAAAAAAGACACCCCGCAGAGUCUGGGAAGCCAGCUUUUAUUCAGGGACAUGGAGGUCAAUGCCAACACAAACUGCCUCUCCAACCUGCCUUUUCCCUGCCUCUGCGUACGAGCGUCAGACAGUUGAGGAAAUACACGAAAAGCACGGUGCAGGCUCAGCAUUCAGACUUACAGGAAAUACCCCAUUUUCUCUCAGGUGAUUUUGAAAGGUCAAUCAUUAUUCAUUUGUUUAUGUAAUCUAACCAGGCUGACACAAGUCACCCCCCCCCCCCGGAAAGCGCUAAGGAGAUGCCACUAGCACAUGGAGAUUAUAUAAGCAAAACCUCAUAAUUAAACCCCAGAAAAAAAACACUACAGCACCAAAUGUGGAUUAUUUCAGAGCCACAAAUGGAUUUUUUCUUCUGCUGAACAACACUUUGGAAUAAGACCUAAUGAAUGAGAUCCGUCAGGCCAAUAACAAUCUUUUUACAUUUUUUUUUACAUUUGAUUUUUUGCAUUGAUAGGUGGCACCUUCAUUUCUUUUGUCCUUUCCUGAUCUUUCAGCCUUGCAAGUUGUUUUUUAAAAUGGGAAGUAUAUUUAAUUGUUGGUAUAACGGUCUGCAGCUAUGUAACUGUUAGGUAGAUUUCCUGAAUAAAUAAUGAGACAACAAAUUAUUUCAGCUGUAACAUUUAGAUAAAAUAAAUUACUGGGUACGUGACCAUGUAGGUGGCAUGUAGAACACAAACUGAACCUAACACAAGUGAAGACCUACAGUAAAAUACCAAAGCCCUUUAUUUAAAAUGAUCCUAUGUUUCAUAGGAUCAUUCAGGAUUUUUUGUAGUGCCGUUUGUUUUUGUACAGCAUGUAUAAUCCCUGGCAUGAAAUAGAUUAACAUAUAAUAUACUGUAAUCUGUUACUGUUGAGAAAAAAAACACAUAAUUAAAUCUGUAAAAUGUUUUUGUGAUUGACUGUUGGCCUAGGUUCAUACACUCAAUUACUAAGUUGUGUUUUUGCACACAGACACAACAACAACACACAAAACAUCUACAAAACCUACACUACUCACAGACUCAGUUGGUUUCAAUCAAACAGUGUUUGUUUCACUUCAGAGAUUUUUGGGAUAGGUAGGCAAUUUUAUUGGGGUGGUAGACUCCCCCUAUUUUGUGUUUUCCACAUAAUGGUGUUACUGUAUACUGUCUGUCUUACAUAAUGGAUCUAUAAUGGAGUCUAUAGUGUAUUUUAUUAUCCGUCUUUUAUUUUUUGUGUGUAUUUACAUGUGUUUGCUGGUACUCGAUCUCAAUUUUUUCAUUGUGAAAGCCUUAGAUGCUUAGGAAGGAAGGGGGCAGUGAUGAUAGAGGACAAAUGGCACAAAAAAUAUCCUUACAUUAUUUUCAGGUAUAACCUGACUCAUUUUGUCAUGAAUAAAAAAUUGGUUUGGAAGAUGGUAUCUGUCAGUGUCAGUGAGCAUAACAUUUUGUCUGUUAGGGUAAGCCAGCAGAAGAUUUCCUCUGUUAGGGUCAGCCAGCAGAUGUAUUGAAAAGUAAAAACGUUGUUGUCAGAACAAGGCUUACACUACAGAUCUCUAAACAAAACCAAAGCUGAAAGGGGAAUGCACACAAAUCCAGACCCCGCUAUGACAGUCUCGAAACUCACACUUAAGAAAAAACAAAGUAAUGAAAAUCCCUUAUCAUAAUCAUUUCAGUUUCAUAUGUAAAUUUAGUGGUAUCUCAUGUGAAAAAAAGUCUAUAGCUACAGUCAAAUUUCCAAUAAAGCUCUGUUUGAAUGAAACCUUGUAAAUUAAUAGAACCAAGUGCCCAUUUCAACCACCACAACUAUUACAUACUGUAAACAACCGAACGGGAAAAUGUUUGAUGAGGGGGGGAAUGCUCCUCAUCGGCUCUAACUUUUCAAGUUUACAUAAGAAAUCU